CACGCACGCACGCACGCAUACAGGCGCGAGCUCCAGUUUUGCCUCCGGGGUGUCAACGCAGAUCAAAGCUCAGAGCGAAAAACCUGCAAAAGACAAAACUUAUAGCGAAUAGCACAGAUCUGAAAUUAAACCGAGGGAAAGUUUUAUGUUGCUGAUGCUGGAGGUCUGAUGUUGAGGCAGUGCACAGGUGUACAGUACACAGACUGUUGCUUUUAACCCCAAGGUGUAAGGAGGACAUGCUGACAGGAAGAACUAGAAGCAGAUAAUAAAAUAUGGCCAACUUUAAAGGACAUGCACUGCCUGGCACUUUCUUUUUCUUGUUUGGUUUCUGGUGGUCUUUGAAAUAUCCACUGCGACACAGCUGGAAGAAGAAGCUUCAUGGCACAAGGCAAAGUCUGCCUCCGUUCUUUAACAGGAUAGACCUAAUUGAGGGGAGCCUAAAGAUCUUUUUCGCAUUUGUUGGGAUUAUGGCCGAGCAGUUUGUACCCGACGGACCUCAUGCUCACCUUUAUAAUGAAGGGUGGGUGAAACUAAUGAACUGGCAACACAGCACCAUGUACCUCUUCUUUGGUAUCUCUGGCAUUGCAGAUGUUCUCACCAUGUCCUCACUUCCUGUCCCAGCUGGACUUGACCGACUUGGCCUCUCUAUCGCUCUCUUUGUAGAAGGAUUCCUUUUCUAUUUCCACUUACACAGUCGGCCUUCUCUAGACCAGCACAUUCACUCGUUGCUGCUAGUGGUUGUAUUUGGUGGUGCAGCCAGCACUAUGAUUGAGGUCUUCCUGCGGGAUAAUAUUCUGCUUGAGGUGUUCAGGAGCAGCCUCGCUAUUCAGCAAGGCACCUGGUUUUAUCAGAUUGGUUUUGUGUUGUAUCCCCUAAAUGGAGUUGAGUGGGAGCUGGAAGACCAUGGAAACAUCAUGUUUAUUACUAUGUGCUACUGUUGGCAUUAUGCAGUAGCAUUACUUAUUGUGGGCGUGAACUAUAGCGCUGUGUGGUGGGUCACAAACAGGUACAGUGGAAGGCAGAGGACGGACUUAGAAAUUGGCCUCAGGAAAACCACUAACUCGGAUGCUAGUUCCCAGAAAGCUUUGCUCCAGGAAUCAGAUGAGGAAUAGACUUCUGAUAACUAGCAUAUGUAGUGUUCAGGUAAUAUCAGUAAAAACCAGUAGAGGUGUGAGCAAGAUUUUAAAUUAUACUCCCACAGGUACUCGGACCAAUCACAUCUGCUUCUUCGGAAUUACUGACAAAACUACCUGCUCCAACAGGAAUUUUGACCUUCACUUGCUCUUGCAUUUUUGUUUGUAUUAGUGUACAACAUUCUCUUCCUAGUUGUUAUGUUUACUAGAGUAAAGCAGUUACUAUGGAUAAAUCUAGACAUAAACACCCUGCUGCAUUCCAUACACA